AUGUCGUCUUCUACUACUCAAACAAAAACUGUUGUAAAAGAAAAUAAACAUAAAAAAGAAUUUCCAACACUUGAAGAAAUAAAAAAAGCUAUACCAGCUGAAUGUUUUGAGAAAGAUGCUUUAAAAUCAAUUUUUUAUCUUGUAUUGGAUUAUAUUCUUAUAGCUUUUAUGUAUUUUGCUUUACCUCUUUUUGAAGGUUAUGGUGGUUUUCUUGGUCUUUGUGUUUGGUAUUGGAUAAUAGGUAUGUUUGGAUCAUCACUUUUUAUUAUUGGACAUGAUUGUGGACAUACAACAUUCUCAAAUUAUACCUGGUUAAAUGAUAUUUGUGGUCAUAUUGCUCAUGGACCAAUAUUAGCACCAUACUGGCCAUGGCAAAAAUCACAUAGACAACAUCAUCAAUAUACAUCACAUUUAGAAAAAGAUAAAGGACAUCCAUGGACGACAGAAGAAGACUGGGUUUCUAAAAAUUUUAUAUUUAAACACUUUUCAAAGCUUCCAAUUUCUGGAUUAUUUAGAUGGAAUCCAAUUUAUACUGGUCUUGGUUUACCUGAUGGAUCACAUUUUUGGCCUUUCUCUAAACUUUUUACUACAACUACAGAACGUAUUCAAUGUGUAAUUUCUGGAUUAGUUUGCCUUUUCUGUGCUGGAGUUGCUCUUCAUCUCAAUGAUUAUUCAAUUUUUAAUUUUAUAAAAUAUUAUUACAUUCCAUGUUUAUUCCAAGGAUUUUGGUUAGUUAUUAUUACAUAUCUUCAACAUCAAUCAGAAACAAUUGAAGUUUAUGAAGAAGGAAGUUGGAAUUAUGUUAAAGGUCAACUUCAAACAAUUGAUAGAACUUAUGGAUUUGGUAUUGAUACAAUACUUCAUCAUAUCUCAGAUGGUCAUGUUGCUCAUCAUUUCUUUUUUACAAGAAUACCACAUUAUAAUUUAAUGAAAGCAACUAGAGCUAUUGAAGAAGUUUUUAAACAAUAUCCAGGAUUAUAUAAAAGCAAGAAAAAUUAUGAUUUUGUUUUUGAAUAUCUUAAAUUAAAUGUUAUCCUUGAAUAUCUUGUUGGUAAAGGAACUGGAGUACUCAAAUAUCCAAAUGCAAAAAAUGCUAAAAAAGCUUUCUAA